GUGAAUAAAAAAGGUUGUAAUCGUAUUUUUCAUUUUUUUAAAUGUUGUUCAGGAAGCAAUUCUUUAGUUUCCUUUCGAUAGGUCAUAAUACUAUCUGACUCAAAGUCUGGUACGAACAGUAGACAAAGGAUCCUACAGCCAUGUUUCGUAAGAAAAGAACAGCCUCAACUCCGAAAGCCUUUAACUUAGGCAAUUCAUUAGAAGACUUGGGGCUCCAAAUAACUUCAGAUUAUCGGCUACGUAAACAGCGUUCUCCAGAUGAAUUGUACGAAUUUUCUGUAUCCAAAGACAAAGCAUAUAACGAGCAUUAUUAUCAAGCCGUUUUAGAGCAUAUCCACGAUUGGACAAUAGCGACUUGUAUGCUUCAGGCCAUUCCAAUUUCUGCAAAGGAAAACAAGACAGACGAGCCUUAUGCAUUUGUUUACACUACAAACAAUUGGAGAGAAAAUACGAAAGGCUUGGUAAUAAUCGUUCAGUCUUUAUCGCAUCCCUUAAUUUGGACCAACAGGAACGUUAAGGAGCAUGAUUUGAGAGAUGCAACUGUUGUAAACAUGAUCUGCGGGUGUGUAAACAUGGGAUAUGCUGUUGCUAUUUUCACACCUUCUGCUUUAUUGUGGGAUACACACAAAAAAAUUCCAAGGACUAUUUCUUCUUUCAUUUCUCUGGGAGACCAGAUUACAAAGCAGAAUUAUAUUCCAUCCAUUAGAUCACCCGAGGAGUAUGUGACUAAAGGAUUAAAUUACAUUCUAUCGCAAUCCAAGGCCUUAAAGAUAUAUUACAUUGGAGCCGAAUAUGGUUCUCAACCCUUAAACAUGUACUUAGACCGAAAUUGGGAAACAUUAUCAUCACGAGCUGCAUCUGUCAUCUUACUUAUGAAUAUAACUUCAAUAUAUGAGCUCAACAACCAAAAUUAUUUAAAUUACUUGUCAGAGAAUUGUUGGAACUACAACCCAUCGAAUAGACCAAAGCAGGAAUUGCUGGUGGAUUUGACAGCAGCUACAGGAUUGAAGACUUUCUCAUGUGGUGAAUUUAUUGAAUUUAUUUAUGAUGACAUUACGAAUAUUUUGCUUGAUAAGAUGAAAAAUGAAUCAUGAAUUCUCAUUUUACAAAGAGAGCGUAGGCACGUCUGCCAAGCUAAUGGAAUCAUAUGUAGUUUAACAAAUUCCUUAUUAUACAGGUAAAUAAAUCAAAUGUUAGUAUCUAUAACAGAA